CUCACCGUAGCCGGGGCCGCGCCUGCGCCGUGUCCGUCAGUGAGUGAGUGAGCGGCGCCAUGGCGUUUGUGUGUCAGAGAGACAGCUACUUGCGGGAGUUUGAAACCACUGUGGUGUCGUGUACGGCAGCAGAAUUGAAAACCUUAUAUAAUGGGAAAAAGGAAACUCUGAAAGGUUUCGACGUGAUCCUGGAGGACACGGUGCUAUUUCCGGAGGGAGGUGGACAGCCAGAUGACCAUGGGUUCAUUAAUGAUAUCCCUGUGUUAAGAGUGAUGCGGAAUGGAGCUGAGGCGGUUCACUUUGUACAGUCACCCUUGGAGCCGUUGUCCAAGGUUCAGCUGAAAGUCGACUGGGAGAGGCGAUUCGACCACAUGCAGCAACAUUCAGGGCAACAUUUAAUUACACCCCUAGCAGAUUCGAUGUUUGGAUAUAAAACAACCUCAUGGGAGCUGGGUCGGCAGCGUGGUUACAUUGAACUAGAUACACCUUCUAUGUCUGCCGAGCAGAUCGAAGCUCUGGAGAAGGCAGUAAAUGAGAAAAUAAGACAGCACAUUCCUGUCAAUGUACGAGCCCUAUCUUUGGAUGAUCCAGAGCUAGAACAGGUUAGAGGUGGGGAUUUACCAGAUGAUCAUGCAGGUCCAAUCCGAAUUAUUGAUAUUGUAGGAAUUGAUGCAGAUAAGUGUUGUGGAACACACGUAUCGAAUCUCAGUCACCUACAGGCUAUUAAACUGUUAGGGACAGAAAAAGGGAAGAAGAAAAAAAUUAACUUGGUUUUCCUCGCUGGGAACAGAGUGUUAAAAUAUGCGGAGAAAAGUUUUACAAUGGAAAAAGCAUUAACAUCACUUCUCAAAAAUGGACCAGAGGAGCAUCUUGAUGUUGUGGAGAAGCUGCAAAGAUCUGUCAGAUUGCUACAGAAGAAUAACGUGAGCCUGCUGAAGGAUUUGGCUCUGUUGACAGCACAGAGCUUUAAGAGUGAUCCAAACAAGGGCAAGAUAUUUGUUAUGCAUAGGAAAGAAGGGGACAGUGAUUUUAUGAACAUUAUAGCAAAUGAAAUUAGCACUGAGGUCGUGCUGCUGUUCCUAACAGUUGGAGAUGAAAAAGGAGCAGGAUUAUUCCUGUUAGCAGGUCAAGUGGAUGCUGUUGAAGCAUUAGGGCCAAAAGUUGCUGAAACCCUUGAUGGAAAAGGUGCUGGAAAACAGGGUCGUUAUCAGGGGAAAGUAAACAAGAUGAGCAAACGGCCAAAAGUGGAAGCCCUCCUGCAGCAAUACGUGUGCAAGCCGGACACACAAGAGGAGUGAAUUUACACACUCAGCAUUGAUGUAAAUUUAAAUGUAGGGCGUUUUAAGCUUAUUUAAAAAUGUCCUUUUCUAAGCAAUAUAUAUAGAUUUAUAUAUAUGUACACAGUCCUACAGUGUGAUUCUUCUCACAGCCAAGCUUGUAAAUUUGAUGUCAGUACAAAAUUGGCUCUGGCGGCAAGUGAGGUUACCUUGGGACAGUGCUGUUCUCCCCCCUGGCCCUGGAUUCAGGCCGUGUUUACACUGUAACUACCGGUCAAUGAGGCGUGAACCUGCCUUUGCACCAGAAAUAUAAUGGGAAUGAGUGUAUCUGCAAUCACUCCAUUCACUGCUGAACAAAAGCUUUUAAUCUUGACUUCUGGUGCAGUAAAUAAAAUGUUUCUUUCACAUGGUGAAA